UUAUUGGUAUAUUAAUGAUUGUUUGUUUUGUUUAUUAUACAUACAUAUCUAAAACAUUUAUGUCAACGAAAAAAUUGCAUGGAAAAAUUGCAGUUGUUAUAGGAGGUUUUAAAUACGAAAUCUAUAUUUUUAAGCCAACGGAUAACAUUAUAGGAGCCUCUGGUCUUGGACAUGAGUUAUCUUCAAUUUUAAGUCAACUUGGAGUAAUCGUUAUUAUUAUUGAUGUCGUUGUUAAAAAAAAAAUAUCAAAUUCCUUUUGUCACUAUUACCAAUGCGAUAUUACUUGUAUUACAAAUUUUGAAAAAAUUUAUUCAGAAAUUAAAAAACAUUAUGGAACACCUACGAUACUUAUUAAUAGUGCUGCUAUACUUGAUGCAGAACCAAUUGAAACGAUGUCUUUUGAAAAAUUUAGAAGGGUGAUUGAUGUUAAUUUUAUAUCGCAUUUUAAUAUGGUUAAAAUGUUUUUACCUGGAAUGAAACAAGAAAAUGAAGGACAUAUUGUUACAAUAGCAUCAUCACUUUCAUUUAUUGGAGUAACUAAUCUUUCUGCUUAUUGUGCUUCUAAGGCGGCAUUAGUCUCUUUUCAUGAAUCUUUAAAAUAUGAACUUUUUUAUUCAAAUUUUAAUAUUCAAACAACACUUGUAGUACCAGGACAAUUGAAUACACCUUUGUUUCAAGAUGUUGAAACUCCUUCUCGAUUAUUAGCUCCUAUACUUGAUCCUAUAUAUGUUUCUGAAAAAAUAAUUAAAGCAAUAAUAAAUAAUUUGAGUACAGAGAUAUAUACACCGUUAUACUGUUCAGUGCUUCCAGUGUUGAGAUGCAUGCCUAUAAAAUUUCAAAAAAUCUUUAGGCAUCUUAGUGGAAUAGAUAAGGCUUCACGUGUAUUUAUAGAUCAUUAA